UCUCUCUCUCUCUCUCUCUCUCUCUCUCUCUCCGCGUCUGCUCUUCUCCUCUCUCUUCUCGUCUCCUGUGGCCGAGGCCUGCUGUGGCUACUGUUUCUUGAGAAGAAACAGAAGGAAGGAGGUGAGAAGCCGGUGGAUCGUAGUUUUUGGCUCCAGUUGUGGAUUCGGGGAUCGUGAUUGUGGAAAGCAUGCUGAAUUCUCUUUCAAAGGAAAGGUUACGUAGUAGAUGACAGGUUGGGUGACGGUGUCAUCUUCACCUCACAGGCUGUGGAGUGAUUUAAGUUGCACUUUCUAGCCAUCUUUGACACAUGAAGCCACAUGAGGAAUGGUUUCUCUCUGUUGGGCAAAUCUCCUUUGGCAGCCACAUCAGAAAUGGUUUCUGGGAUAAACUUUUCUUUGCAGGGCAAAUCUCCUUUGGCAUUGAUUAUCAAGGAUAAAUACUAGUUUCGGUAAAAGCAUCCGAUAUUAGCAAACUUAGCUAUUCAAGAACAUUAUCUGUGGUCGGUAUAUGCAGCAUAUUCUGCUUUGUCGGGCAAAUCUCCUCUGGCAGGGAAGAAACUUGUGAAAAGUUUUUUCUUUUUUUCGGGCAAUUCUCCUUUGGCAACAAAUAUUUCAUUUUGCAGGGCAAAUCUCCUUUGGCAAAUAGCAAUUAAAAUCUGCUCUCAAGGGCAAAUCUCCUUUGGCAGUAACAGAAUCAGAUACAGGUCAAACUCCUGCAUCUUUUAUCUGGGCAAUUCUCCUUUGGCACGAACAUCACAGCAUAUUACUGAUACAAAAACCAGUUGAUGUUCUGUAUGGCUAGUUAGUUAUUGUGAUAUCAUCAGUUCAUCUCCGAGAAGUAAGCUUGAACAUAAAAGUUUGGGAGCUGAAUAAGUGUCUGCCCAUUUGUCUCUACAUGUCAAUUUGACUUCUGAAAAUAAUCAAACUUAAAGGAAUUUAAAAGAUGGAUCUGCUUGUUGUUGACUCAGAGAGUGAGGCCUACACAGAUUCCAGUGAUAGUGAGGAACAAUAUGACACUGAAUCUGCAUAUGGUGGGCAUGCUCAGAGCAUCCUGUCAAGUCUGGAUGAGAGCAUUGGAAAAAUUGAUGACUUUCUUGCAUUGGAAAGAGGCUAUGUACAUGGUGACAUUGUCUGCUCCACCACAGAUCCCUCAGGGCAAUUAGGCCGGGUUAUGGAUGUUGAUAUGAUUGUAGAUUUGGAGACAAUUUCUGGUGAACUGAUAAAAGAUGUAAACAGCAAGAAGCUUCUUAGAGUCAGGUCCUUUGCACCUGGGGACUAUGUAGUUCAUGGGUCAUGGCUGGGAAGGGUGGAGAGAAUAUUUGAUUUGGUUACAAUUUUGUUCAAUGAUGGGGCAAAGUGUGAAAUAUUGAUGAGAGACUCAGAAGUUUUAACACCUCUUUCUAUGAACCUUCUGGAAGAUGCACCAUACCCAUACUAUCCAGGUCAGCGUGUAAGGGUUAACGCUCCAACAAUUUCCAAAUCUGCGAGAUGGUCGUGUGGCUCAUGGAAGGUCAGUCGAGAUGAAGGUACUGUUUCCCAUGUGGAAGUAGGAUUAGUGCAUGUUAAUUGGAUUGCUUCCAUCAUGAUCAGCUGGGGCAUCCAUUCAUUAACUCCUCCUCGUUCCCAAGAUCCGAGAAACCUUACUUUGCUCUCCUGUUUUCCAUAUGCAAAUUGGCAACUUGGUGAUUGGUGUACAGUUUCAGUUGAUUACUUCCAUGAUACACAGGUGACUGCUGAAAAGUCAGCACCUCUGAAUGCUGCCCCAAAGAGCCUGACCAAAAUGCAGAAGGAAUUGGGAAUAAAUGGUCGAGACUAUAAGCAGAUGUACGUCAUUGCAAAGACCAAGAGCAAGGUUGAUGUCCUGUGGCAAAAUGGUAAUUACUCAGUUGGUGUUGACCCACGAUCCUUAUUCCCAGUGAAUAAUCUUGGUGAUCAUGAUUUUUGGCCAGAGCAGUUUGUGUUGGAGAAGGUCACAUUAGAGGAUGUGCAUGUACCAAGGCUUCAACGCCUGGGGAUUGUGAAAAGUGUGGAUUCACAUGAACGGACUGUGAAUGUGAAAUGGAUAGCCCCUGAGGUUAAACAGGCUGUUGAUUUUACUGGUGCAUCUAGUGUGGAGAUGGUUAGUGCUUAUGAGCUGGUUGAAAAUCCUGACAUCUCCUAUUCCAUUUGUGACAUUGUGUUUAGACAUGUUCCAAAUUUUGAGAACAUGGAAAAUAACCUUGAGGUCCAUAGUUUUGGGCAGAGGCAAUUGCAUGUUGUACAUGAGCAAAUACUAAACAAUUCACUUCUGGGAAAAGAUGCUCUUCAAAAGAAGCACAUUGAUGAAACUCAUGACGAAGAUUUUCAAGGUUAUUUAUCAUAUAUAGGCAAUGUCAUAGGUUACAGGGAUGAAUGUAUUCAAGUAAGAUGGGCUAGCGGUAUUAUAUCUAAGGUUCAGCCUUUUGAAAUAAUUGGAUUAGAUAGACUUCUUGAUUCUGCUUCCACACCAUCAUCUAUUGAGGAAUCUAUUCCUGCAACUGUUAGCAAAGAAAUAGCUGAGCAAGAGAAACAAUUAUUGCAUAAGAAAGAAAAGGAUAUUGUAAAUGAUACCAGUGAAGAUUGCUUGAAGAAUGUGUGGAGAAGUACUGCCUUUUUGUUUCCCCAAGCAGCUUUUGGAUUCCUUACAAAUGUUGCUGCAAGUCUAUUUGGUUCUCGUGGUUCCACUUCCCUGUCUGGCUCGAAGAAAGGAGUGUCCAAGUACCAGAUUCUGAAGAGAGAAGAACUUAAAUUAGAUCUACAUGAUUUAGAUAUGGAAAAUUUGAAGCAGCGAGUAGAAGAAGCUAAAGCUGCUAAACAGAGUGAAGAACCAACAUUUUUAUCAGGCAAUGGCACACCAACAAACUUCAAGCAAUUUGAUAUUGUUGACGACUACUCAGAUCAUCAUUUUGUGAAUAGUACUGGCAGUAGUUUGGUAUCAUCCCAGGUAACAAGAGGUUGGUUGAAGAAAGUUCAACAAGAAUGGAACAUCCUAAAGAAAGAUCUACCAGAUAGUGUUUAUGUCAGAGUUUAUGAGGAAAGAAUGGAUCUCUUGAGGGCAUCAAUUGUUGGAGCACCUGGAACUCCCUACCAUGAUGGUCUCUUCUUCUUCGAUAUUUUCUUUCCUCCUGAUUAUCCUCAUGAACCACCUCUGGUUCACUACAAAUCUAGCGGGCUUCGAUUGAACCCAAACUUAUAUGAGUCGGGAAAGGUCUGUCUAAGCCUUCUCAAGACAUGGACGGGCACUGGCACUGAAGUCUGGAAUCCUGAAAGCUCCACCAUUCUUCAAGUACUGCUAUCUAUUCAGGCCCUUGUUCUCAAUGAGAAACCAUAUUUCAAUGAGGCUGGAUAUGACAAACAGAUUGGUAGAGCUGAGGGUGAGAAGAACUCCAUCACAUAUAAUGAGAAUGCUUUUAUACUGUCAUGCAAGUCGAUGUUAUACCUCUUGCAGAACCCACCUAAGCAUUUUGAGGCACUUGUGGAGGAGCAUUUUACUCGUAGGUCACAUGAUAUUCUUGUUGCCUGCAAAGCUUAUUUGGGCGGUGCCCCGGUUGGACAUGCUUACAAAUGUGCAAAGGUGUUAGACCAAGGUCUGGAGAGCUGUUCCUAUGGUUUCAAGAUCAUGCUUGCAAAAAUUUUCCCAAAGCUUAUAGCAGCCUUUACAGAAAGGGGGAUUGAUUGCAGUCAGUUUCUUGACCAAAAGAACAAUAAAACAAUAAAAGUUAGGUCCUUUGAAAAUCGGAAGACCCAGACUCUCUUUUUUCCCUCUCCACCCUCUCCUCCCCAUCUGCGAUCAAUCUCUCCCCCAAUUGUCGCUUCCUCUCCCUUCCCUUCUCCCUUUUCUCUCUCGCCAUCGGAGCGAUUGCUUCGAAACCCUAGCUGCCGCCGCCGGAGCGGACCCCGGCGCCGAUCCGAUCGGAAUCCCACCGAUCGUCGGCAUUGGUUGUUCCUGGUCGGCUCCAUGGAGCCGCCGCCGGCCGCCAAUUACGCCACCCACAAUUCCAAGCUUCGCCUUUUCCCCGCGGGGGCGUCAUACCAGGAUCCGGAUGUCAUGGAGGUUUCCUCGUCCUCGGCCUGGAAUUCCAGCCAUCAGAAGCGGAAGCGGGGUCAGGUUGUUCCUCAUGAUGUGAUUGAGAUAGAUGGAGAUGAUGAUCCUGAUGGAGUUGUGAUCAUUGGUGAAAACACAUCAGAUUACAAGAACAAGCAACCUAUGGGAUACCAUAAAGAUUGGCAAAAGCAUGUAAAGGAAGCUUUGUCCAAUGAUCCUGUGGGUUCAACCUCAAAUCAUGACUCCAUGAAUGAUGCUCUGCUAGGAGCCUUCAAAAGUUCUGAGCCUAGCUUACUGGAUUACACCUUUGCUGAUGACUAUGAUUAUGAUGACUGUGAUUAUGAUGAAGAUGAUUAUGAAGGAUAUGCAUAUGAGACAGAGUUAAUUGAUAAUGAUUGCAACUUUAGUUUGGCUGCUAAAUUUGAUGAAAUGGACCUGCCUCCUGGGGUGGAGGCAACCGUACCUUGGUUAGAGAAGCCUGCAUCUGAAAGGCCAAGAGCGAGCAAGCAGAAGAUAGUGAUUGAAGAUGAGAUUGAUGUGAAAUAUAAAUCAUUUAAACAAUUUGAUACUGUUCAAGAUCAUUCUGAUCAUUAUUUUAGCAGACCAGAGCUUCUCAAACAUAUUCCAACAGUAAAGAAGCCAGCAAAGGAUUGGUCAAAAAGGAUUCAGAAUGAGUGGAAGGUCCUUGAGAAAGAUUUACCGGAGGCGAUUUAUGUUAGAAUUUAUGAAGAUAGGAUGGACAUUUUUAGGGCUGUUAUCAUAGGACCAGGUGGAACUCCUUAUCAUGAUGGCUUAUUCUUCUUUGACUUCUACUUUCCUCCCAGCUAUCCCCACGAUCCUCCGAUGGUACAUUACCACUCUGGUGGUCUUCGACUCAAUCCAAACUUGUAUGCAUGUGGGAAGGUUUGUCUCAGCCUUCUGAACACCUGGAGCGGCAGUGGAUGUGAGAAGUGGAAUCCAUCAAAGUCAACCAUGCUGCAGGUCCUUGUCUCUAUCCAGGCUUUAGUUCUGAAUUCAAAGCCUUACUUCAAUGAGCCAGGGUUUGCUCAGACAGCUAAUACACCCUAUGGAGAGAAGAAAUCCCUGGCUUACAAUGAAGAUAUUUUCCUUUUAUCCUGCAAGACAAUGCUGUAUACGCUACGGAGGCCACCAAGGAAUUUUGAGGACUUCGUUGCAGGACAUUUUCGCAAGUAUGGACACGCAAUCCUUGUUGCAUGCAGAGCUUACAUGGAUGGAGCACAGGUUGGAUGUGUUGUCGGAAAUGGGGUGCAGGAUGUUGAUGAGGGUGAUAAGAGUUGCUCAUCAGCAUUCAAGAGUUCGCUAAGGAAGCUCUUUGAGGAUCUCUUGAUGGAGUUCACUGUCAAAGGAGCUGAUUGUGAUGAAUUUCUUGCUCAGAAAGUCAAAGAUGGAGCUGCCAGAGCAGCGGACACUACUCUGAAGCUUUAAGUUCAAGUUCAAAAACUGUGGAACUGCAGAAAUAAUUUUGCCAUGAAGGCAUCUAGUUCACAUCUACUUUCCAUACAGAUUAGACUGGAUGGGAGAAUCAGUAUGUAGCUGCCUAACUUAUCUAUCAUGGAAAUGUUGUAUGUAAAUAUACCUAGCUAAUGAUAUUGAUGCUUAAAUCGAUUAUGUAGGCUCCUUAUACUUUGCUUGAAAUUGUCUAUAUAGUAUAUAGUAUAGAGAUCUUAA